AUGAUGGUUGAAUCUGCCUCGGAGACAAUACGUUCUACUCCCUCCAGUCAGAAUGGGGUCAGCAGCCUAAACAAUCCAACUGAUGGAGGCGGCGGUGGUGGAUGUGGAAGAGAAGGAGGAGCCAGUGGAGAAACCAAUGGAGAAAUGAGCCCAGUGGAACUCUUGCAUUUUCAGCAGCAGCAGGCUCUUCAGGUGGCACGGCAGUUCCUUCUGCAACAGGCAACAGGGCUGACUUCUCCCAGCAGCAAUGAAAAUAAGCAGCCAGCAGUCCAGGUUCCAGUGUCUGUGGCCAUGAUGUCUCCUCAGAUGAUCACCCCACAGCAAAUGCAACAGAUCCUGUCUCCUCCUCAGCUUCAAGCUCUGCUGCAGCAGCAGCAAGCAAUUAUGCUGCAACAGCUGCAGGAAUACUACAAGAAGCAGCAGGAGCAACUUCAUCUGCAGCUACUGACUCAGCAGCAAGCUGGAAAGCAGCAAGCCAAAGAGCAGCCAUUAGGGAAUAAGCAGCUGGCAUUCCAACAACAGCUACUGCAGAUGCAGCAGCUGCAGCAGCAGCACCUGUUAAACCUCCAGCGACAAGGGCUGGUCAGUUUACAGCCAGGACAAGGCACCGUUCCUCUGCAGACCCUUCCACAAGCUGUGUGUCCCUCAGACCUUCAGCAGCUAUGGAAAGAGGUUACUGCUACUCAGCCUGUAGAAGACAGUAUCAAGCAAGAGGGACUUGACCUCAGCACCAACACCUCCAAUUCUACCUCGUUUUCGGCCGCCAAGGUCUCUCCUCCAAUUUCCCAUCACCCUCUUCCCAAUGGACAGAACGCCAUGCUCACACAAAGGAGGGACAGCUCUUCUCAUGAGGAGACUCCUGGCUCUCACCCUCUGUAUGGACAUGGAGAGUGCAAGUGGCCUGGUUGUGAAACCCUCUGUGAGGACUUGGGACAGUUUGUCAAACACCUCAAUACAGAACAUGCACUUGAUGACCGGAGCACAGCUCAGUGUCGAGUUCAAAUGCAAGUGGUACAGCAGCUGGAAAUACAGCUAGCUAAGGAGAGUGAGCGUCUCCAGGCGAUGAUGGCCCACCUCCAUAUGAGACCUUCAGAGCCAAAGCCGUUCAGUCAGCCUCUGAACCUGGUUUCCAGCGCCACCCUCUCCAAGAGCACUUCUGAUACCUUCCCUGAUGGAUUACCUCAUCCCCCCACCUCUGCUACUGCACCCAUUACUCCAUUGCGGCAGGGCCCUUCUGUCAUCAGCUCAUCCACUUUACACAAUGUAGGGCCUAUUCGCAGGAGGAACUCAGACAAGUUCUGCACGCCAAUCUCCUCAGAACUUGCGCAGAAUCAUGAGUUUUACAAAAAUGCAGAUGUCCGCCCCCCCUUCACAUACGCCUCGCUUAUCCGGCAGGCUAUCCUUGAGACACCCGACAGGCAGCUAACAUUGAAUGAAAUCUACAAUUGGUUCACACGGAUGUUUGCCUACUUCAGGAGAAACACAGCUACCUGGAAGAACGCCGUACGCCACAACCUGAGCCUACACAAGUGCUUUGUCCGAGUGGAGAAUGUCAAGGGAGCCGUCUGGACUGUAGAUGAACUUGAGUACCAAAAGAGAAGGCCACCAAAGAUGACAGGGAGUCCAACUUUAGUCAAAAACAUGAUUUCUGGCCUUAGUUAUGGAGCACUUAAUGCCAGCUACCAGGCAGCCCUGGCUGAGAGCAACUUCCCUCUGCUGAACAGUCCCACUAUGAUCAACACAAGCUCCACUAGCGGCAUGCUACAUGUCGGCCAUGAUGAUGUGAGCAGCACUGUGGAACAAGUCAACAGUAAUGGCAGCAAUAGCCCCAGGCUUUCACCACAGCAGUAUAGCCACCAAGUCCAUGUGAAGGAAGAACCAACUGAGACAGAAGAUGACAGCAGACCUGUUUCUCUCAUGGCAACAACCAAUCAGAAUGUGACAAUUCCUGAUGACAGAGACAUGGAGGAGGAGCUGCCAGUGGAAGACUUGUCUUAAGGGCCCUCCCUCCUCACCUAGGCCCAGCAUUUCCCCAGAGACAAAGCAAUGGCUCCCACCUCCUCAAGGUGACCUUCAGCGUUAUCUUGUUUAAGGCACUUCUGCAAAGCAAAAGGGUUUCCUUGGGUCUACCCAUUGCUGAAGGCACACACUUCUUUCCCUUCCUUACAUCCCAGUGACUCUUAACAGACAUUCACAGAGGGGGAUGUGCAAAGAAACAAAAACCAGAGUUGAGCUUUUUCUUUAACUUUUUUAUUAUUUUAUAACUGAUAAACGAGGAUGGUAGGUUGGUUCUGUCCGAAGACUUCUUUGUUGCCUUCCCCUGCUCCAUCACCCCAUUCUCAUGGGGAUAAAAAGAAGGUGUCUCGUAUUGUCUGCUCUGUGUUUUGUCAUUUUCAGCUCAUAUGCCAUAUUAUUUCCACAAAUCAAGAUUUUGGAAGCAUCCAGUCCAGCAGGGGGCAGCAUCCAAGCCAUGGGCUUCUGUGAAUGUCCCCCACUUUCCCAUGGAAAGCAUUUCCAAUAACCUGCCAGUUUAUCCCACUGAGAACUUUGCACUAGGAGGAAUGUUUUUACACACGCACACACUUAGCAUAUAUGCAUACACAACUCACACACCCCCUAGCACCAUUUCGACGUACUGGAACAGCAGUUUGAAACUAGAACCCUACAGUGGCCCUGGUGUUGUCCCAGCUUCUGUUCAUUUCCUGAAUGAGAGAGAAAUGG